AUGUCUCUGCUCUCCUGGACUCUCUGGCUGCUUUCUUCACUUGCUGGCGACCCUCAAGUUACCCAACGUCGUAGGAUGAGUGAUCAAGGGUCCACUGGAUGGCCAAUACCCCCCGACAUAUGUCACAUCGACAGGGUCAGUACGGAGAUACUAUGCCUCAUUUGCGAAGAACUGCAACCUUCUCAUGGCGAAAAAGAGGAUCUGCUGGCCCUGUGUUUGGUGUCUCGGCGACUGUACCUCGUCACUACUCCAUAUCUCUAUCGGAAUCUCAGGAUAGACCUCACUCGAGCAUCGCACAUCCGUCUAAUACAGCGCCUGAUCCAUUCUGGCUCUCAACUUGCAAGUAAAAUUCGAUGGCUGACAAUUUCGGGGACCGAAAAGCAGACCGAUUUGCAACUUCAGGAUAUUGACCUCCUUUUCUCACGCCUUGUUCGACUGCAGGAGUUUGCUUGGAAUGGCUCUCUCGACAUCCCACACCACACUCUCCAGACAUUGAGAAAUCGGUUCCCCAAGGCCGGCUUGCGUAUCGGUGCACUGCAAACGAUGCUGCAAGGCUUACCUGCGCCUGCACCGUCCCACGCAACGCUUCUGCACCCCGGCUGUAAACACCUGCGGGCAUUUCAUUUCCUAUCAUUGGGCAGUGGGUCCUUGUACACAGGGUUCAAGAGAGACCUCAUCCACAUGCUCCAUCACAACCCGCAACUAUGCAGUCUUCAUCUCGAUACUUAUCUCGAACCUUGGGACAAAUCUUUGCGGAACGACCCAGAGUUACUCAACGAGCUACAUAGUGGUCCGUUGCCAAGAGUCAGUUCUUUGAUCUUGGCCACAAGUCUGUUUACGACCGGGGAGAUCGAACUGUGUGCUCAGCGUGGGAUGUUCAGAAGAGUCCUACUCUUGAGAGUUCAUAAUUCAAAGCAAUUCCUCUCGAUAUGUGCAAGAUCACUUGACAUCAAAGACAUCACCUUUGUUCCUGAGCAUGGCUUACGCUUUGGUGGCUUGAUUGCACAAGUUGACCGACUGGCCGGUUCCAAGAGACCCCCCUUCAGAAAAGUCCGAUCACUGCGCUACCAGACCCUUGAGCACAUGAGUUCCUUCACCCAGCAUCAACCAGAAAUGCCUUGGUAUCUUAUCGCACAAAUGCCCAGACUAAAUUUGUUGGAGCACUAUCCUUUCCUGCUACUAUCAUCUCGCACUGGACCACAACUAGGCGCGACCACUACCACUGGUCUAAAGAAACUUCGAGACUUGGUUCCUGGGGUCCAAAAAAUAGUUGUCCAUAUCUCCGCGCGACCGUUACAGUCCCGGGCACGACUUGGAAUAAUCCGUGAACUAGCUACGUUCGAACGGCUGAAUGACGUGAGCCUCUAUCUGUUUGCAGGAAACGGAUAUAAUUGUCCUGCCAUGCUUCAGCAGUCCAUGUGCCGCCAGAUUUUCCAAGAGUUCCUAGCUGCACGAAAACCUACAAUUCAUAGCCAAGAACCUCUGACAGUAAUUUUCAAAUUCGUCGAGCCACGCUUGUUCACAAGUUCUAAAUGGUUCACGCCCGAUUACCGCUUCACCCUGACCACGAGUGGAACCAUUGAAGCUUUCAGGAGGCAAGACGAAUGCGUGAUUGUCAGUUUGCGAAUGGAUCGGCUGACGAACGAUCAACUACAGUCAUCUGGCAGGAUGCAGAAAUUCGCUAGGGCGCUCAAUUGGGACUGGCGUGGGUACGGCAGAGAAAGAGAGCGACGGGAAAGCAACGCCGACGCCAACGCCACACUUUGGGAUAUCUGGGCUUAUUGA